GUUCCCGUCGGUUACAACGCCGGACACGCUCGUCGUUCUCUCUCACUUAAUUUGAAACCGUUCUCGUGCUCGGAGGUGUUUUGUUUACGCUCGUGCUAAAACAUAUUUCUAUUUCGUUACCCGCGUGUGCUUUCCAAACCAGAUUUGCAAAACCACAGCCUCGAUCGAUCGGUGCUAUCCUACAGAAAAAGGAUACCCAGUGCGUAAAGUGUUUUUUUUUUCUCUCUCGUGAAUUUCGUCCCAUCACGCGCGUCGUCCAGUUGUGAAAUCCGUGCGAUCUGUCACGCGCGAGCCGUUAAUUUUGCAACGAUUUGAAACUUACCAAACAAACCAGCCACAUACCACCAUUUGUCUGUCCGCAUUGUAUCGUGUUUGUGCGAUAUAGCGAAACAGAGCCAUCGUUUGAUAGUGUCCGUGUGUGCGCGAUUUCCUUGUUUGUGGUUCCGGUCAAACUCGUCAACGGGCAGUAGCAGCAGCAUCAACAUGACUUCGACAAACUUCACGGUCGGAUUUGGCGAAAACUCCAAGGCUUCUAGCAAAGUUCUGAAACCACCGGGCGGUGGCAGCAGCGAUCUUUUCGGCGCCGACCAACUUGGACCCAACACGCCACGCACCAUGAGCAAGAACCGCAUGCAGUCGAACAUCUUUGCGGCUCCAUCGGACGCCCACAAGAACGUCUUUCGGCAAGGAGCUCACCGAUACUAUUUUCUUGGUUCGGAAACUCCACGCCGUAACGGGCAGGGGCAAGAUUCGCACAACCGUCUGUUCGGCGAAGUCAACCGUCCGUUCACGCCGGCCAAGAACCACAUGAAGAGCAACCUGCCGAUCGGCAACCCGGGCGACAGCACCGACGGUGCCAAGCCGCACCAGAACGGCAAAGCGAACGGAGUGGCCCACCAGAACGGUAACGGCACGGCGAACGGCCAUCACACCAACGGCAACGGACACACCAAUGGCAACGGACACAUCUCGUCGGCUUCCUCGGACAAUGGAUCCAGCCACAUUUUCCUGAGGAGAUUAAGUAAUGAAGAGGAUGCAUCACCGGAUUCGGCCUACUCGUCGUCCCGAUCGCAGCACUUGGCGCACCAUCAGCAGAGCAACGCGCACGCCCAGCCGAUGGCGGCGGGUCCGGGCGGCAUCUGGGCGCCGUUCGAUUCGACGGGCCUGGUGCCGCCCCUGUCGCCCCGACGCCAGAUGCAGUUCUAUGCGAGCGGCGAAGCGCUGAAUCCGACCUAUGCAUCCAACAUUAAUCUCUGCAUCAGUGAUGACAUCAUCAUCAGCGUGACCGAACACAGCGACGAGGCGAUCGUUGCCGCCGGACACGGACCGAACAGCAGCGACGGCAAAGCAUCGCCAAGGUCACCACGCUCGCCACGGUUUGCGCAACGGAACCCAGUUACCGGCAACGGAGUCGAAGAUUACGCCGACAAGCCACGGAAGCUCAGCUCGAGACGUGGAGCAGGAGACGGCAAUCCGGUAACUGGCGAAGGAUACAGCAAAUCGAACGGUGCAGCUGAAAUCAACACUACGGUACCGUCGCUGAACGGUGGUGGCCAUGUUAUCAAUAAGAACCGCAUUCCGCCCGGCGGAUUCUCGUCCGGCCUGUGGUAAACAGAGGGCCACGAACUCUGUCCCCCUUUUUUUGCGGCGGGCGACGACGAACGAACCGGACAGCGUUCUCCCAGGGCGUCAACUGUUGGUAGCGCAGGAAUCACAGAACAGGAAGAAGCACCACGGGGGUUCGUCGCUCGCUUGCCUUUUGAGAAGCAGAAAUCACCAACCACUCCAUCAAAGAUAUUCGUCCUUGUGCAAGCGUGAGCACGAAGGACAAGUUACUCAAAUUUUCACACAACAACCAUCCAGGAGGUAGAGAUUGUGAUCAUAAUAGUACGAAAGCCUGCCCCCUCAUAUACGAAGAGAGCAGAAGAGACGAGAGCAUAUUGGCGGCAAUAUCGAACACACCUUUGUGUGGGUCUAAGAGGAAAUAAAAGGGGGACAAAAAAAGUAUAAAACGUUAUGAUGUAUGGUAUCAAAAGCAUAUAUUUUGUAGGUGAAUCCUGGCCUCAACCAUACACUCCCCACAGCCCGUGUUUCGAUUUGGGACGAAUGCGCAGCAGCACUUUAUACUAUCGAGCAAUUGAAACACAAAGAUUCAGGCAUCAGAAUCUUGAAAUUUGGAAGCUAUUGAACAGAAGAAGCAUUCACGGAAAGUGCGUGCGAACGAAACGAAUGUAGAAAGGGGGCCGGUUUUGUUGUUCUCGAAUCUGCAGACGAAACCCGACAUACAUAAACCGAGAUUUCCAGAUUGACAGAGGAAGAGUGUGAGAGAGAGAGGAAACACUAAUAUCGCACUAUAUUCAUGCAGAAAUCAAUUGUUUGUAUUAAUGAAUCUAUAAUAAUCACGAAAGAGUUGCAGAUGUGCAGAUGCAGAAGGAACAACAACAGCAAGGAAAGGUCUAAAGUAGAUUCGGUUCGUGACGGAACGCGGAAGGGUUAGAGCUGACGAGUGGAGCAGAAGAAAUUAUUAAUGUAACACUCACACACACAUAUGAGCGCGCGCUGCAACACGACAAGAACCAUAUUUAUCAAAACAACGCAAUGUGAGUUUAUAUAGUUACUGUGAAACAACGCCACACACAUUGUGUAAUUAGGAGGAUAGUAUCAAACGUAUAUGAACAAAUCAAAUUCAAUAUUAAAGGAAAUAUUGCAAUAAGAGAGAACGAGAGAGAGAGAGAAAAAUGGCGAUCAAAGGGGGCAUCAAAGAAGAAGUAAUACAUUGUUAGUUGUGUGUGUAUAAAAAGUACUCUCAUCGUGCUAGCGAAUGCAAAUGUUUUCGGUUCCAAAUUGUAGAUUUAUCUUGAAGUUUCUCUCUAAAAAAACAAGAAAAUUCCCAUUGGCCUUACCUUUUUACAUCAUACGGAUGAAACACACGUUUCUUUUCGAACAAAUCCUGUCUGGACCUCAAUCCCCCCCACCCCCCCUUUCCACUGUUCCCGAAAAGCCCUUUUGAUAAGAAUAAUCGUUGCGUGUGUGUGUGUGUGUGGUGCGAGUGCGCUUGUUUUUCCGUUUUGAUUGAUGCAAAUUUUGCCCACGUUUCUGGAAAUGCAUUUUACGCCCAACUCCUCUCCCUAGCUGGAACAACAACUCGGCCGCGAGAGAGAGAGAGAGAGGAGAGCGAGAGAGAGAGAGACGAGAACCGAAACGAGCGGUGGCUGGCUGUGCUUCCUCUCCCCUCCCCCCACGUCUAGGUGUCAUCUAUAUGAUUGUGUAUUUCCUGCUUGCUAUUAUAAUUUUUAUAAAAUUAUCAGCUAAACUGUAAAAGAAAGGGAACUCAGCUUGUUUGUGGUGGGGAGGGAGCGAGCAAUGCGCCAGGGAGCGAAUAUCAGAAAGCGAAUAGAAGCGAGCAAGCAAUCUUGUGUUUUUUUUUUGUGUAAUAACUGUUGUGUCUUUCCAUCUUUUUCCAUGCAAUUUUCUUUCCCUUUCUUAUAAUGUAUUUGGGUGUUGUACGCACGCACAGAUUGAUUGAGCGAACUUCCAACGCGGUAGUGCGCAUUUGAAAACAGUGGUGCAGUGUGUCGCGGGCGUGCGUUGCACCUGCUCGCGCACGAAAGCGAACUCCGCG